UGAAUUAGAUUUAUCUAAUAAGAAACAAGUGGUAUUUUGUAAAAUUAUAAAUACUGCGUUUUUAGCGGACAGAUUUGUUAUUUAGUCUAAAAUAAAAGCUAAAAAGUAUAAUUUGGACAUUGAUUUAAAUUACUUGUAUAUUUUUAUUUUUCUUAUUAUAUCAUCAGAAAGAAUCUCGAAUGAUUUAAAUCACAAAUAAAGCGAUGUUAUGUUUUACAUUAUGAUGUCAUAGAUCGUUACGUUACAUAUUGUAAACUUCUAGUCCCUGUGCCUUUUAAUCGAUUAAACAGCUGCCUUAGCUCGUGGGGAAUUACAAAUAUUGCUGGGAUCAUUUCAAAAGUGCUUACAUCAGGAUUUUAAGAAAAUAAUUAGAAAUUCUUGGCAAAAGACGUGAAAUUCACAGACUCUACUUGACAUAUUCGGUGGAACUGCGACACGAGUUGCAGCAGGCGGCUUGUUUGGUGUUGCAGAAAUGCUUUAUCGAUAAUCAAUAAGCCAAAAAUGAUAAAAAUUAAUUUUUAGAUUUAAAAGUUGGAUGUGAAAGCAGUUUGUUUGGAACAAUUUUAUACUCUGAAUAUAACAAUUUUGUUGUGAUUUUAAUCUUAUGCAAAAGUUGUCCCAGUUAAAAUUAAGACACACCAUGAUGUCAAGUACAUGUAUUAAUAUAAUCCUGGGAUUAGCUUUGCUGCCGACUUUAAUACUCGCCAUUGAUGUGAAAGUGCAGCCGCACAUCUUGUUCAUCCUUGCUGACGAUUUAGGUUGGAAUGACGUGUCCUGGAACAAUCCCGAUAUAAAGAUGCCAACUUUAGAUAAACUGGCAAGAAAAGGCGUCAUCCUCAAUUCGUCUUACGUACAACCAACAUGUAGUCCGUCACGUGGUGCAUUAAUGACUGGAUAUUAUCCUUACCAUAUCGGAAUGCAACAUGGUAUUGUAAAAAAAUAUCAACCAAAAUUCAUGCCAAAAGAUAAGGAGACACUACCAGAGGCACUGAAGAAGGUUGGCUAUGCGACACAUAUGGUUGGAAAGUGGCAUUUAGGGUUCUGCAACUGGAAUUAUACACCCACAUACCGAGGGUUUGACAGUUUCUAUGGCUUCUAUUCAGGGGCACAGAACUACUACACCCACAAACACUAUGGAGGUUACGAUUUCCGCUUCAACAAGACUGUACAUCACCCUCCUAAAAUGCGCUACUCAACAGCCUUAUUUGGAAGACGAGCAGCCGACAUUAUUUUGGAACACGAUCCCGAUAGUCAACCAUUGUUUCUAUACUUGUCAUUCCAAGGUGUUCAUACGCCACUACAGGUUCCAAAGAAGUAUUCCAACCAAUACUCUCACAUCAAGAACAAAAAUCGGCGAAUAUAUAGCGGUAUGAUAACUGCCAUGGAUGACGCGGUCAGUCUUGUAAUGCGAGCGUUCCAGAAGAAGCAGUAUAUGGACAACCUUCUUGUUGUUUUUACAUCAGAUAACGGCGGAGCAUCAUACAUUGCUGGUUCCAACUGGCCUCUGCGGGGAUCAAAAGCUACUGUAUGGGAAGGUGGUACCAGAGUACCUACAUUCAUUUACAGCAAAAGUCUUCUCAAGAAAACAGGCAUUACACAAAAUGGUUUGGUUCAUGUCACAGACUGGGUCCCUACCCUUGUACGACUUGCUGGAGGACAAACAAGUCCGUUUCUAGAUGGUAUUGAUCAAUGGCUGACCCUAAGUCGAGGAUGGCCAUCACCGAGACACGAAUUCGUCUACAACAUAAAUGAUGUGAAACGAACUGCAGCAAUAAGGUCAGGAGAUUACAAACUAAUUGUAGGAAGUCCGGGUAGAUAUAAUAAUUGGUAUCCAGCUAAAACAAAGCCUGCUUGUAACUCGAAGGAGGCUAGACAAGGGUACAUGUUUGAAGACAGACAGUUAAAGCAUGACGAUCAAAUGGAUAUCAAAGAACAAAAGUCAUUACAAGGAUGGUGGUUUACCUCACCGCUUAGAUAUAUCCGAGGUUUUGCACACAAGGCAGUAGAGGUGUCAGGAGCAUCUAAGGCCUGGCAGUCAAUGGGGAAAUGGUAUGAACAGUAUAGAUGUGACAGGUUUAUGAAAGCCCAUGACAGAGAAGAAAAAGCCUUAAAACCACCUUCAGUUCAACUGUUCAAUUUAAAAGAUGAUCCAUUGGAGAAAAAUAAUAUUGCUGCUCAGAAGCCUGUUUUGCUAAAGAAGCUGAUGAGGAAGCUGAAAGCGUACAAGAAGACCUUAGUGAAGGCCCAGAAUCAGCCACACACAAAGCUUGCUCAUCCAAAAAAUUACGACAAUAUAUGGUCUCCAGGCUGGUGCUGAAGCUACUAGCUUAGUGUUGUUCUUUUUUAUCAAUUAUGAUCUCGCGAUUCUGCGUUUUGGUCAAACACUUUUUAACAUGCUUGUUAUUACAAAGAGGUGGCAGCUGUAUUUAAAACUGAGAUAACCUGAAGCCGGUUGCAAUUUAGAAGGAGUUUAAUGAAUAAACCAAGAAAAUAUGAGAGGUGUAUAUAUAAAUGUGGAUCGGAAUGGCCGCUAAUAUUAGCAUUGAUUCAAGAAUACUGGCGUUAAAGAUGGACUCAAGAUGACAGAUAUAUGAAAUGCAAUAUCUGUAUUCAAAUAUGCUGCAUGUUAGUCAAAGUUAGAUGAAAGGACUUACAAUGCAGCUAAUGAAAACAAGAGAUAUACAGGAUAAUUAGUAUUCCACGGACUGGAAUUGUACGCGUGUAAUUAUAUGUGCGAAUACCUUUUAGGAUUUAAGUAAAUAGUUUUAAAAAAGCGCAUUGAACGCCGAAUUAAAACAUUGCAUUUAUAACAAAAUUAAAAAAAAACACCUACUGUGGAUAAGAUCAGAGUUUACGACGAUGAGUACAAACAUUUGUAAAAGAAACCGUCGUUCACAUUGCGCGCGUAUUAAUAAUUGAACAUCAUUUACCAGUCAUGUUACAUAGGAGACAUUCAAUUUACGUCACAACAUGAACUGUCAAAUUUUUAAAGGCACAUAAUACGUGUAAGCUAACUGACUGGACAAUAUGUUGUCGAUGAUAAAUACUUUGCAAUGGUAUUUGCUACACGUAUGCAUGAAAAUGAUCGUAUUGAAGUAUAGACUCUGUUUUUACUUUUAUAUGAAAAUAUAUACCCGGUGUUUUUUGUUGUCAUGACGACCGGCUCUUUAACUGACUGAGCUCGAGUGAGAUAUGUGUUUCUGUGUUUUAGAUAUUUUAGACAGUUUAAAUAUUGCUUUGUUUGAUAUGAUGUCAUCCUGUUUUGAUUUAAUUUCAGUUUGGAAAUAAUGCAUUAUGUUUUUAUCAAUUCUGUACCUAUUUUUCUCUUCCGAUCAAAAAGUCGCAUUUGUAUCAUGUGGCCAUCCGUUAUAGUUUCGUGUUGGAUACGUUAUGUUUGGUAUUGGACGAUGCAACAACUGAUCCAGAUCUCUAUAAAAGCCGUUGACCGAUAAAAGUAUCCACAUGAAUACCAGCAUGCGGCUAUGUUUCUGUAUAAAGUACAUUGAAAAGGUGGAAUCUUGUCCGUCUAGUUGUUCAUUCUUAUUAAUGAGAAAAAAAUAUGCAUAAAAUAUAAAAGAUUAUUAAACAUUGUCCUGCAUAUUACGGGAUGGACUCGUACCUUAUCCAAAAGAAGUAUUUUUGACACAUCUAUUGGCUAGUCCAAUAUGUCUUUUCCGAAUGGGUGUUCAUCCAGAUAUAUCGCCUCAUUGUACAAUUAAAUGUUAAAUAACUUAAUAUUACUUAUAUGUAUGUGUAAACAAUCUACUGUUUGGCAGACAGUAUUAAUAACCCGCAUCGACAAGUCAGAUUUGGAGAGAUUCUUUUAUAUUAGUGUUAUUUUAUAUACAUUGUUGAAAUGAUCUCUUUGUUUAAAUGUAUCAUGUUUUAUUAUGCUUAUAUACCUGUUUUGAUGACAACUUUUAUGUGUUUGGAAAACAGAAUAAAAUAACCUUUUUAACAAAGGUUCAAAUGCA